AUGAAACGCGUUUCCGCCAUUGCUUUUAUAGCCCUCGCAAGCUGCGCAACAGCUGCAAUUCCAGAUUGCGCCGUUAAGUGUCUGACCGAUGCUAUCUCUUCGUCUACUACUUGCGGCGCAUCCGAUCUGAAAUGCCAAUGCGACACCGCAAACCAGGCCAAGAUCCAGGCUGGCGCUACCCCUUGUGUUAUCGGGGCUUGUCCCGAUCCCUUAGCUGUUCUUUCCGCUGCUCAGUCUGAUUGCGCCGCCGCUACUGCUGGAGGUGGCUCUUCGUCAGCCGUUGCAACAAGUGCAAGCUCAGUGGCGCCAACUGUCACCUCCAGUGAUACCACAACUGCUUCUUCGGCUUCAGCAUCUGCUGCUACACCUUCGAGCACCUUGACAUCAUCCACCGAGGUCUCGAAUUCGACUGUGACCAGCUCGUCAUCCGUGACCAAGGUAGUACCUCCUUUCGCCCCCGCUACUGGGAGCUCUUCCUCUGCUACUGGGAGCUCUUCCUCUGUUGCUGGAGGCUCUUCCUCUGCUGCUGCUGCCUCAAGUACCGCCGCCGCGGGCCAGCUUGUUGCGGGAGCCGGAGGUGUGUUGGCCGCUGGCAUGGCCAUUUUUGCAGCGUUGUAA